UUAGAUGUAAAAUGAAUGGGAAUUAAUGUUGCUUUUUUUUGCACAGAUUCAAAAUUUAAACAGAAAUUUAAGCAGCAGAGACUUCCAGCAUGGCAGCCGAUCCUCACAGCUGAUACAGUCCUUCCGGCAUUUUUCCUCAUUGGUCUUUUGUUUAUCCCUCUGGGGGUGGCUCUCCUCUACUUCUCAGAGAACGUACAAGAGUUCCAGUUGGAGUACACAGAUUGUGAGAGCAUCACCCAUCAGUUAGCUGAUGGAACAAAGAGGCCGUGUAAAGAGGUUAUAAAAGAAACUACCGAUGUCUGCACAUGCCGCAUUAGCUUCAACAUCUCAGAAACUUUUGAAAAAAAUGUUUACCUCUACUAUGGCUUGGAUAACUUCUACCAGAAUCAUCGUCGCUAUGUUAAGUCUAGGGAUGAUGAUCAGUUGUUGGGAAGAGUAAACCCUACAGUUAACAGUGAUUGCAAGCCUUUUGCAACUGAUUCUGAGGAUAAAAUCUUUGCACCCUGUGGAGCAAUUGCUAACUCAAUGUUUAAUGACACGUUGAGGUUGUUCCGGAAAAAGGACAGUGAAAACAUAAAGUUGAUCAAGAAAGGCAUUGCUUGGCCCUCAGAUCGGAAGUUGAAAUUUAGAAAUCCCGAAGGAGCCUUGAAUGAGACUGGUGCAUUCAAAGACACUGUAAAGCCUCUCUACUGGACUCGUAGUGUAUGGGAGCUUGAUCCAGAUGACCCUGAUAAUAAUGGCUAUGAGGACCUGAUUGUCUGGAUGCGCAGUGCAGCUUUUCCCACCUUCCGUAAACUCUACCGUAAAAUUGACCACAGCCAGGAGGGUUUCAUCAAUGGACUUCCUGCAGAUCGUUACUAUUUGGAAGUUGACUACAAUUACCCAGUGGAUUCAUUUGGUGGCAAGAAGCGAAUGAUUCUCUCCACAACCAGCUUCUUAGGUGGCAAAAAUAACUUCCUCGGUAUUGCAUACAUCACAGUGGGAGCUAUCUGUCUCCUGCUUGGAAUCAUUUUCCUUAUUAUCCACAUCAAAUUUGGGAAGAGGGCUGGUGAUCAACUGAGUAUAAACCAGAACACGCCAUACAGUGACUAGAAGAACUUUGUUUCAUAUUAAGUCAUAUCUUAUUGUAAAGUUUCCAAGAAAGGGGAAGAGGUUCAGUGUGGGUAAUAAGAAUGGGAAACACUGCCUCUUUCAUUUUUAAUUUAUUUGAAUAUCAUUUGUGAUAUCUGGAUAAAGUGAGCUUGUUUUAGAUUCUCAAAUGCAGGACCAAAGAGCUAUGUGAGUACCAGUGAUAGAUAAGCCUUUUUUCUUAUUAUGGAUUUUCUAAUAAGAAAUAACUUCUGUAUAGAACAUUCCCUUUUAAUCUGGUUGCUGAAUAAGAUGAUUUUUUUCAGUAUCUAAUUUUAUAAAUUGCAGUUUUGUUAUUUUAUAUAUAUCCUAAAAUUGCAAGCCAUAGGAUAUAGGGAAAAAGUGAAUCUGUUAUCUGUAUAUCACAAUUUAGAGGUUCAUUAGGUGGGUCUUGCAGGUACUUGAUACAUUUAAAUGCUUGAUGAAAAGUAAGAAUAUUUCUUAUAUAGCUUUCAAGUGAGCAUUACGCCCAUAGAUUAUAAAAUUGCCCCAGUAUUGCCCUGCUUAUAAUAAGAAAUGGUUUAUUAUGAAAAUAGUUAGCAGAAGUAAAGAUAAAUUAGCCACCGUUGUUGUAUAUUUUAUAAUGAUUUAUGAAAGGGCUCAUUGAGAGUUUUCUCUCUUUUUUUCCCCUUUUUUUUGUAUUUUAUCUCAGGGUUGAAUUAGAGCAUUACAAAGAACUAAACUUUUAUUGGUUAAUACAGAUUAUGAUAGUGUCACCUCAAAAUUAUGUUGCCAUUUGUCCAAGGAUAGGUUGUACUUAAUGAUUAAGAAAAUGAUAUUUCAAUAGAUACAAUGAAACUUGGGUAUUGGGGCUAUGGGUGCGUUUGAGGCCACCUUGAUUAUUGGUUUUAGUUCCAAUCACCCAGUAAACAGUAGCCUUUGGGUAAUAUUGUUGUAUUUUCAUAGGUUAUUCCUUAUUUAUUUCAUUAUUUGUAAAAAGCAAUUACAUGUGAGUUUUGCUUAUGUGGUAAUGAAGUUAAAUAUUAUAUUCUAAGAUGGUAAUUGCUUUAUUACUGAUAAGGCACUUGGGAUUAUUUUGCAUUUUUUUAAUAAGAUCUUGAAAAAGGAUCAGUAUUAUUUCUUUAUGGAUAUAUUUUGACUUUGAUAUUUAUUCAUUUUGGGUGAAGUGGCCUUAGAUAUUAAUUUUAUGACAAAGUCAAAAAUAAAGUAAAAGAAUGAGAAGAUGUAAAGAACAAACUGAAACUUCAUAUAAAUGUGAAGACAAAUGACGCAUAUUCACUGGUGCUUUACUAAUACUUUCCAUAUAGCACCUGAUAUUUUUUUAAAGCAUUCAGACACAUAAAGAAAAAAGAUUUAUUGGUUUAGCUUACAGUGUAAUAUUUGUAUAUAUGUAUGGACAUACAUACAUACGUGCAUACAUAUUUACAUGCUUUUAUGUAAUCAUAAACUAUUUUUGGUAUUCUGCAAUUUCAUUGCACAAUGAUUUGAUUCAAUCUUUAAAAAGUCAAAACAGAUUAAUAAAACAUGAGUAUUAUGGUAAAUGUUCAUUUUCACUAUAGUUUACAAUUGUAAAUGUAUAUAAGAAUAUAUAACCAGUUCACAGUGCCAGUAUAGAUAUUCUAUUAUUUCUAUUUGAGAUGUGUAGCACAUGCAAUCUGUGUAUGGUGUUGAGCUGUGUCAAGAAGUAUGCUUGUUAUUGGUGGACAUUACUGUGUCAAUGAUCAGAAUCUGUAGGAUCUUGCUCUUGUACUUCUUGCAACACUACUUCAACAUUACAUGUUUUUAUUUUUGAGAUUAUCAUUAUUAUUAUCAUAAUUCUAUAUAAAUAGUUUUUAAUGAUUUUUACCUGACUGAAAACAUUUGCAUAUGGUUUAUAUCAUACAAAGAGAAGACUUUUGUGUUUGUGAUAUGUUUAGCAAAAAAUGCAAUAGUUUAUUUCAUCAAUGCUAUUUUAUGUAGAACAUAUAUUCUUGUUGAAGCAACGUGGUAGUAGUUAGUGUUGUAAAGUGUUGCAUUCCAUAUAUUAGAUGUUAUAAAAGAUUUAUGGUCACUUGACUAAAGGAUUUAAUGUAUUCAUAAGAUAGGAUAUAAAUUUUUAAAGGUAAUACAUAAAAUUUCUGAUUUCUGUUUCAAAAAAUAAAAAUUAAUUCUGACUAUCUGUUGUCAUGGAGGUUAGAAUUUUUCUUUUUUUCUUUUUUACCUUUCCUCAGUUUGAUUAUUUUCUAUUUAUUUGAAUUUAUUUGUUCCCUUAAUGUACUUGUGUUUCUGAUUUAUCAAUUUGAGGAGUGUAAUUGUUUCAUCUAGUCCAAUAAAGUCCGUUGUAUGGAAA